AUGUACUUUGUGUCGUUGUUUCAAACGGCAGCCAUCAUGGCUGAUUCCCAGCUAUCUCGCUAUGAUCUACACCAUGCACACAUGUAUUUUGAUUCAUCACGCGGCAUAUUGGGGUUACUAUUUCACGCAAGGGAGUAUCCUAGCUUCGAUGAGCACGAGUUUCCAUUCAACCUCGGCUACUGCCAGCAGAUGUCGACUUUAGCGAUAGAGAACGAAAAGGAUAUGGACUGUAGAACCGUUUUAUUGACUUUUGGAGGGAAUUGCCUAGUCCUGCUUGACGGGCCGGAUCGUGCGCCUUUUGGAACCAUCUACGAGAGCGAGUUUGGGCGAGCCGUUGCUGAUAUCUACUACUUUGAAAGUCGGUUUGGAUCCAAAGAUGAGGGUUUAAACAGGGGACUCCAUGUCGUUCCAUACGUAUAG